AUGGUGGUGACUGCUAUGGUAGAGAAAGACGCGUCUAAAGAAACAAUGGAUACGGGUGAAUUAACCGAAGAGGUUGCGAUCGUGCUGGAGACGGUGGCUGGCAAAUCUGGUUCUCGUAAACGAAAAGUAGACAACACAACUGAUGAAGUGGAAUCGAAAAAAAAGACAACGGAAGAAAUGAUCAAGAAACAAACCGAGAAGCAUCGGUUAAAGGAAUUGAGGGAAGCUGAAAGGAUUGAAAGGGAAAAACGGAGGGAAGAAGACCGUUUACAGAAAGAAGAGGAGAAACAACGUAGACUUGAAGAACGUCAACGGAAGGAACAAGAAAGAGAUUUGAAAAAGAAGCAAGCAUUAGAAGAGAAGUUAGAAAAGGAACGUAAACGAGAGGAGGAGAAGUUGGAAAGAGAGCGGAAACGAGAAGAAGAAAGAAUAAGGAAACAACAUGAAAAGGAUGAACGAGAACGUCAACGAAUAAACAAGAAACUUAAACUUGAAGAAGAGAAACAACGCAAGGAACAAGAGAGACAAGAAGAAUUAGAAAAGAAACGGAAGAAAGAAGAUAGAUCUCAGAUGAAGAUUUCAAAUUUUUUUACCGUUAAAUCAUCAACAUCUAAAGCCAACAACAAACCCAUAACAACUUCAACUGAAUUAUCAGUAUCCGAACUUAAGUCCGAAAGUCAUGCCUUGAAACCAGAUACCGGAAAGUGUUAUGAAAAGAAGUUUUUGCCCUUCUUUGUGAAGGAAACAACGAGAAUGAGUCCAACCAUUUCACUUUCAGCUUCCAAUCUUGCGAAAUCAGUAGCUGAUUUGGAUAACCAAUUGUUUGGUAAGGCUGAGGGUUACGACGAUUAUUUCCAAGGUAUUUCAAAGUCCUUUUUGAGCCUUUCUAAAGUUACAACUUCUAAUGAACUUGUUUCUGCAAUUAACAGUUCCGAUGUCACUGAAUCACAGAUCCAAGCGAUGAUAGCGAAUUUACCACCUAUAAAGUACUUGGAGUUCUAUGAGAAUGCAAAACCCCCAUACAUAGGAACAUGGUGUUCCAGCAAACAUAUAGAGACAGUUUUGCCCAUAGAAGACCCACUUAACGAAGCCAUUACCGGGUUGGAUUACACCUAUGAUUCAGAUUUGGAUUGGAAUGAAGAUGAUGAUGAUGAAGGAGAAGACAUUGAUGAAGACGACGACGAUGAUGAUGACGAAGAGGAAGAUGAAGAGGAGAUGGUUGACUUUUUAGAUGAUGAGGCAGGAGACGGGGGACCAAAGGAGAAAAGUAGAACAAUACUAGGUCCACUUGUUGCCACAUGUAUUUGGGGAAGAAAUGACAAUGAAAAUAUUAAUGAUGAUGAUGAUGAUAAUAAUAAUAAUAAUACAUCUAUUUUAGAUACAUUACGAUAUGAGAUGCUUAUACCGACCAAAUUUCCUAUUGAAAUUGAUAGGAAUUAUUGGGAUGAAGCCAAAUCUCCAAGUACGCCCAAGAAAGGGAAUUCAGUAACUGAAGGAACCAAACCAAUGAUAUCUGAGGAUAAGGAUAUUUUCCAAUUGAUUCAAUUCAUAGAGAAGAACAACGAGUUUUCGGUGAAUGUGCUUGUGGAGUUAGCAAAGAAAGAACUUGGUACCGCAUACACCAAGGCGCUUGUUAAGAGUACAAUUCAAGGUAUAGCCACAUAUUCCAAGAAGGCAGGUAAAUGGGAGAUCAAGCUGGAUAUACGAAAAAUGUAUUUUUCAAAGUAUGGGAAGAACGGACAUAAUACAUAG